AGUUAGAUAUGAUCUACCAGUUUUGAUAUUUUCAGUAAACCAGUUGCAGUGAAAAUUUUCACAUUUCGAAUAAAUAUUUAAUUGUAAAAGUUUUGUAGCUCCACAUGUGGGCCAAAUACUUUUAGAAGAUAUUAGUUCUUUGAAGAAUUUAGUGUAAUUUUAAAGAACAAGGAAGGUUCGGCAUAAAAGAAUUUUGGUCAUCUUAAGAAAUGAGUGAUUCAAGUCAUAAACAACGCUAUGAGAAAAGGGGAUUCAAGCCAAUGGAAAAGGAGCAGUUAGAUGUGGUGCAUUUUCCAAACAAUCCUAUCAUUACAAACUGGGAACGGCUGGAAAAAGAGCGACUGAAGAAAUUAGAUUUAGGAUUUAACCGGUUGCAAGGUUCUGUUUAUCAGAUAGAAUUAGCAAAAGAACUUAAGAAACAGCGGGAAUUGGGUCCAAGUGCAAAAAUGAAAAGAUCACCAACUCCUGAUGAAGAGGAGGAAGUGGAAGAAGAACAUGUGUCAUCUGGAGGUCAAAUAUCCUUUAAUCAACUAGCUCCCUUUAAAACUUACAAAACAAAACAUUCCUGUGGUUAUUUCUUUGAUUAUGAAAAUCAACACAAACGAAUUCGGAGAGGAAUUCCUCCUUGCAAUUUACCAUAUUGGCAAUCUAGGCCAAAAUAUUAAAACAGAAUCAUAUCCAAACACACUCAGAUAUAUAUAUAUAUAUAUAUGAUGUGUAACUCUGGGUACUUGAACCAGAGAAUGCAGCUUUAAAGAUCAAAAUCAUAUAUCUAACAUAAGGUAUGCAUAGCAUAACCAUCUGUUUGUGUACCAGCGCUGCGCUGUACCUGCCUGUGAGAUGUUUGCGUUGCUGUGCUGGUCGUGUGUGGUAAUCUUUGCC